AUGACUUGUGUUGAUAAAUUAGUAUUCAUUAGUAUCAUUUUGUCGGGCUGGAUAUUUAUUGUGGUCAUUGCGCCUGUGCCUGAAUUCAACGAAACUAGUAAAAACGACACAAAUUCAAAUCAAACAAAGAGUCUUGUAUGCGUUGGUGUUUGUCCUAAUGUGGAAAUCCACGUUAUUCCAUCUUCUUGGAAAUGCUUUUCUGCAGAUAGUUGGUUACAGUUACGUGAUGGGUCCAAACAAAACAUUGGCAAAAUUCGAAGUGGUGAUACUCUUUGGGGUUUCAAUGGAACAGAUGCUGUAUUCUCCGAAAUGAUUCUAAUGCUUGAUAAGAGUGUAUAUAAAAAAGCCGUGUUCUAUACAUUAGAAACUGAAUCAAAUCACACGAUUAGUUUGACUGCUGAACACUUAAUCCCAAUUGUUUUCGAUAACAACAAGUUUACAUAUAUACCAGCCAUGAAUAUCAAGAUCAAUCGUGAUUCUUUGUGUCAGUCGAAACGAAAAUUGGCUACUUUGCACCAUUAA